CUAAAUAAAUACUUUACUUUGAACAUUAUUUAGGACGAGGUAUUCGGUUAUAAAAGAGGCCCGGCAAGCAUUAUUUCUUUAAUUUUAUUUUAUUGUUCAACGGUCACAUUAUUUUUAUUAUUAACUUAUAUUUAAUUAAAAUGUUUUCUUUUAAGGCUUAUUUCGUAACGAUUGCACUUAAAGUCACAUCAUUUUGGGAUGUGCAAGCCACUAAUGGUUCUAGUGGUGCAAGUAGAAGUGGUGGUUCGAGUUCAAUAGCAGAUCCUUCACGUCCUAAAGGGGUACUUCCCGAAUACGAUGAUGAAACAAGAGAUAAAGAAAUAUACCUGGAUGAAAAUGAUGAUGAUCGGCAAAAUCCGUUUAAAGAAUUCUGUUCUUAUUUUAGUAUAAACUGCGUUGAACUUUUUAGCAAAAAUUUUAAUAUUCCUGCUUUGAGUAAUAGAAGUGUUCAGAUAAAUUUAAGUGGAUAAUAAUUAAUACAAUAAUAUGUUUACUUGACUAUAUAUAUAAUUAUACUGUUAACUCUUAAGUCUUAACAUGGUUGUAUUUUAACAUUUUUUUAACCUAUUAUUAAGCUAUUAUUAAGCUACUAUGUAUGUUAUGUUACAAGUAAAGCAAAACGUGUACCUACAACAG